CGAAGACCCACCCCCGUGGCGGAUACGUCGUCGCAGUCACCUAGCGGGUCAGCGCUGCUGUGCAACAACGGCAACGGACCGCCUCCAACAUCACCAGUGGCCGGAUCUCUCCUGGCAUCCUCUAUUCCCUCACGCGCGCGCUUCCAGGUGAUCCGAACAGAACAGAGCCACGAUGGCUGACCGAUUCCCCUCGCUCGAGGAUUUUGAUUCUGGAGCGCAAACCGACAUCAAGGACCCUUCCGCCGAGCCAUCCGCCGACGACUUUCUCGCCCGUGAAAAGGCCGUUUUGGGUGACGAUGCACAACAAUUCGUAACGAGCGAUGAUGUGGCGGCGCUCGGAGAGCCUGGCGAUGACCUCCUCGCCCAAGGAGAUGCCGCCCAAUCUACAUUCGAGUCUCAAUUCCCCGAUCUUGCCAGCCCUUCUGCCGGCACACUUGGCGCUCCCGGCGCUACGUCCAUCACAGGUCCAUCCGUGAGCUACAACUCGGGCUACCAAGCACGCGCAGAGGACGAGGCAGAGCCCGAGGUCAUCAAGGAAUGGAGAGAGCGUCGAGAUGCGCAAAUCGCCAAGAGAGCCGAGCAGUUCGCCGCGCAACGGCAAGAGACGAUCAAGGAAGCGCAGCAGAAUAUUGACGACUUUUACGAAAACUACAACUCCAAAAAGGAGAAGGGUAUUGCGCAGACACGCAAGGAUGCAGAGCAAUUUUUGGCCAAUCAGGAGGAUACAGUGUCGGGAGGAACGAGCUGGGAUCGCAUUGCGAAGCUCGUUGAUGUCAGCGGCAAAGGCACCAGAGGUGGUGCGGCGGGGUCUGGAAAGGAACGCUUCCGCGAGAUGCUGACUAGCCUACGAAAGGAUGAGAAGGCUCCCGGUGCCACAGGCUACUGAGUAGUGCGGUUUUCAGAUGUUGCAAGCACGAACGUACGGGUGUACUCGUGAGCAGGAAGCCCCCCACCAGAAGAAUCAAGUGGGGUGAUAAGCUGGUGUACGGAGAAUCCGCCAUGUAUUGUAUUGGAGGCACGGAGACACAGACAACGUUUAGUAUCGUGAUUGACUUGCGCUGACUGUUCGUGAUUCGGUAAUCCGUAGCUAAUCGUGAGCACACCGCAUAUGGCC